AUGCGCUCCACACUCAUCCUAGCUACUUUUGUGCUCCCCAUUCUCACUGCACCAGUCCCGGAAGCCGACGGAUCAGUAUGUCUUACGCAUCCCGAUCUUGAUUGCUCCAGUGAGGCUCCAUCGCCAUCUGGGGUUGGGACUGGGCCAAUAUGUCUCAAGCAGUAUGCAUAUGUAUGCUCCAAUGCGGAUAAAGCCGGUAACGGCAAACGGCAGCCUGAACCUCCCAGCCAGGCCGACAUCGAGACUCGAUUUUCCGAGCCGAAUGUCCGCAAGAAGAACUUUCGCUUUCCAAACUAUUGGCAAGACGGCCGAUCAGACCUCAAUGGCAACGGCAAGCGUCAGCCUGAGCCUUUUGACAGAGCAGGAAGCGGCCGUCGACGAUCUGCUGAACCCGAGCGCGUCCGCUAUCAAACUCAGGGUGCCGAAACCUUCCCCGCCGAACUUGAACCCUCAGUCAACAACGCUCCUUCAGCUGAGAUCCAAGAUGAGGACUCCGACGCUCUCGAAGCGCUCGAAGCUAGAUCUGCCCAUGCUAACCACCAUGGGCGAUCGGCUGCUCCGGAGCCAAGUAUUCGUGGUCCAAGGACUGGAUCGAAUAAGCGCACUGCUGAGGACGAAGACGAAGACACUGAGACUCUCGGAGCUCGAUGGCAACGUGAUGGAUCUGAAUCGGGCGGCAUCAAAAAGCGCAGUGCCGAGCCUGAACCCAUAAAUCGGAGGCCAGACUCUCGUCGCGAGCCCGAGCCCGAACCCAGAGUUUGA